AUGACUAUCUCAGAACUUCCGUCCCAGACAAAAACAACUGCUAACACGGGCCGGUCCUAUAUUUACUCGAUCACUCUCACUUCAUCCCAAAUGGAGUCUCAAUUCUUACAAAUAAAACCCCAGAGCGUCGAUUAUAAGAAUUUCAUGGCCCUGGUACCGGGACCAUACCAACUUCUCACGGUAUGGUACGAACCCCAAGUCAAACUGCCAACAGUGAAGGACUCACUUCGCUUUAUGCACAUAAUCUAUCUCUUCUUUUACUCGGAUAUCACGACCGUCAUGAUUCCCUGCAUGACAUUCGCCAUCUUGGGAGCAAUUACAAACUCAGCUCUGACUUUUGAGCCCGUCUCGAUGUUCGACCUUUUCUACGGCUGUACUCAAGCACUCUUAUGGCUUUGGGGGGUUUUGAUGGUGUUUGAUAUAAACAAUCAAAACUCGCCCGAGUCCAUCGAGGAGGACCGUCUCAAUAAGCCCUCACGUCCCAUUGCAUCCGGACUAAUCAGCCCCGAAGCAGCCUCCUAUCUCCUCAAGGCAAUGAUUGCUGUGACUCUUGGUAUCAGUUAUUACAAUGGGGUAAUACAGGAGACGUUGGCCCUUUUCGUCUUAUACUGGCUAUACGAUAAUCAAGGGGGCAAUGAGGACUGGUUCAUGCGCAAUCUUCUAGCUGCUGGCGGCUACAUCUUCUAUGCACUAGGCAGUCUUGCUAUCAUCUCCAACCACUCCGAAACAAAAGCCGCAAAACUGUGGAUGAUCAUCUUCGGCCUUGUCAUCUUGACGACCAUCCAUGCCCAGGACUUUCGUGACAUGGAAGGCGACCAGCUCAAAGGUCGCACUACAUUACCCCUGAUCAUGGGCUCGAAAACAGGUCGAAUGACUUUGGCCGCAAGUCUAAUGUUCUGGUCUAUCUUUUGUCCUUACUAUCUUGGUCUACCUCUAUAUGCGUACGGUUUGACCGCUGGUUUCGCUGGUACAACCGGGUUGCGAUUUAUCUCAAAAACGGACAAUACAUCUGACAAGAAGUCUUUCCAUUUGUAUUGUUUGUGGGUAGCUGCUAUGUUGCAACUUCCUGCCAUGGCAUCUGCCUGA